AGGAUUAAACUAAAGAGUGAUGGAGGGCAGAGGUGGUGGAGUGAAGCAGACACAAGUGAAGUAGGCAUUGGCGUCGUGGCAGUGGCAGUGCGCAUGGGCCGUAGAGUGGGCAUGGGGCGCUGGACGCGAGCACUGAGUGUGGCGGAAGUUAGGGUGGCCAACGGGAGCAGGCUAUGCAGGUACAGCGGGCACAGUCUGCGAGCGAACUCAGAGUGCUAG